AUUACACAUCACACAAAAACAUAGAACUUUGCUCAGCAGUUUUUGAUACCGGACCCCUACCCCAUUGUGGAGCGAGACAAUGCAAUUCUCUGACCCGUGACUGAGCUCGUCACUCUGAUUGGUCGGCGUCGGGCGAGGCCCCGCCCCCUCUGACACAGCUGCUCGUCAAAAUACGGCUGCCGUGGCUUCCUGGGCGAUUCGGUCGGACGCUCUGGUGACCUCUCGCUCGGUGUUCGUCGUUAGUCUGAGCACCGUAGCUGCCGGUGCCGAUCCGGUGGACACCUGAUCGACGGUGACCCGAGCGAGGCAAUCGAGUUAGCACUCGGAACGACUGGCAUCCCUAACAUCGAGGAAAAUUAAGCACAUUGAAAUCGUCGCAGCUCCAGCCGAGUCGGGAUCAUCUAAAGGCCAGCGAUAUGGACUACGACGAAUACCGCAAACGGGGCAAGGAGAUGGUCGACUACAUCGCCGACUACCUGGAGGGGAUCCGCGACCGGCGCGUCUUCCCGGACGUCAAGCCCGGCUAUAUGUGUGACCUGGUGCCCAAGCAGGCGCCUCAGCAGGGCGAGCAGUGGGUCGACGUCAUGGCGGACGUGGAGCGCGUCAUCAUGCCGGGGGUUACCCAUUGGCAGAGUCCACACAUGCACGCCUACUUUCCGGCGCUGACGUCUCCGCCCUCUAUGCUCGGCGAUAUGCUGGCCAACGCCAUGGGUUGCCUGGGCUUCACGUGGGCGUCGAGUCCGGCGUGUACCGAGCUGGAGAUGAUUGUCAUGGACUGGCUGGGUCAGAUGAUCGGACUGCCGGCCGAGUUUCUGCACAGCUCCAAAGACAGCCACGGCGGCGGCGUCAUACAGACCACGGCGUCGGAGGCGACGUUUGUGUGCCUGCUGGCCGGCCGGACCGAGGCCAUCAGCCGGUACAAGAAGACGUGUCCGGACCUAGACGACGCAGAGAUCAACAGCCGACUGGUGGCCUACUGCUCCGACCAGGCUCACUCGUCUGUGGAGAAGGCCGGCCUGAUCGGGCUGGUCAAGAUGCGCUACAUCGAGACGGACUCUCAGCUGAGUCUGCGGGGCGACAAAUUGGUGGAGGCCAUCCGACGAGACCGACAGAAGGGACUCAUACCCUUCUUUUUAUGUGCGACGCUUGGAACCACUGGAGCCUGCUCGUUUGACAACUUGAGCGAGAUCGGACCGAUUUGUCGUGAGGAGGAGAUCUGGAUGCACGUGGAUGCCGCGUACGCCGGCACCGCCUUCAUUUGCCCAGAGUUCCGUCACUGGCUCAAAGGCGUCGAGUUCGCGGACUCGUUGGCCUUCAACCCCAGCAAGUGGAUGAUGGUGCACUUUGACUGCACGGCCAUGUGGGUGAAGAACAGUCAGACCCUACACCGCACCUUCAACGUGGACCCGCUCUACCUGCAGCACGAGAACUCGGGGUACGCCAUCGAUUUUAUGCACUGGCAGAUUCCGCUGAGUAAGCGGUUCCGGGCGCUGAAGCUGUGGUUCGUUCUGAGGAGUUACGGAGUGGAAGGACUACAGGCCCACGUCAGAGAGGGUGUCCGUCUGGCCUCGAAGUUCGAGGAGAUGGUCCAGUCGGACCCCCGAUUCGAGGUGGCCGCCCCCCGUCACCUGGGGCUCAUCUGUUUCCGCCUGCGGGGCGACAAUCAGCUGACUGAGAAACUGCUGAAGCGACUAAACUCCAACGGACGGAUACACUGUGUACCAGCCUCGCUGAAAGGCAACUACGUGAUCCGCUUUACGGUGACGUCGACCCACACUCGCCUGGACGACCUGACGCGCGACUGGGCCGUCAUCAAGGAGACUGCCUCGGAGGUGCUGGCGGAGAGCCACGCGCCCAUCCAGCAGCAGCUCAAAAAGACCAUGCUGGCUGAGACGCGCCGUAACCCGGUGUUCGGCACCUCGCUGCUGCUGGCCAACAGCCCCAUGUCGCCCAAAGUGGUGGACGGUAGCUACGUGGCCAUAUUCGACAACAAGGACAUUAUCACCGACUUCGCCAAGAAGCUGGCGCACUUCCGGGCCGACCUGGUCCGAAACAGUCCAGCGCUGCGUCGUCGUGUGCGCGGGAUGCUGAUGUCGGGGAAACAGUACUCGCUCGACUCUCGAAUGGACAUCGUCUCGACCAUGGCCAACAGCGCUGAGGGAGAAGCCGAAGACCACGAGACCUCAGAGAACGGCUGUCAGACGCCGAGCCGGUGGAAGCGCUCCGCGUCCAUGGUUCCCACCGGGCCCGAUGACGCUAACGUGGCCCACCUGAUGAUCGAUGACGUCAUCCAGGAGGACGACGACGAGAGCGACGACUCUGACGAGCGUUACCACCAGCGUAUCCGUGAGACGGUGGCCCGGAACGCCUGCAGAAAGUGCGGCAACAUCGUCUGGGUCAAAUAGGCCGAUCGACUCCCGCUACCAGUUGCGACCCGAGUCCACCACAGAUCAGCGAGAGGCUGAAAAUGGGAGAGAAGACAGGCCGGAGAUGGCUGCAAUCCAGAGCUUCCUGGAUCAGCGCGAGGCGCUUGAUGUAGUAACACGAGUUAUGUUUUGUUCGGACUUGACCACCUCGCUAGGUUCCUACAUCACUGGCUUAUAUAUCAAUAGGUGGUACGCUGAUAGAAUAAGGCUAAUUUGCUCCUUAUGCCUAUGCUAUGCGCUUAUGAUGUGAAACGCAUUACGAACUGACGUAGAGUCCUCAUUUGGUCAAUGUUGCGCUCUAUUUAGCAGUACAUUUGCCAUUUUUGACGUCUCUCGGUCACGUUUACCUUCUGCUUCUAGUACCGUCCCUCUGCCUUGAUGACCAAUUUCAUCGCCAGCAUAGCCCACAACAUUGUCAUUCUUUGCUUACGAGUGUAAGUGUGGCACUGUACAUAUUUGAUGCAAUUAAUUAGUUAUUUUGCGCUUUAAUCAGCCACUUAACUUGGCACCAGUUUAUGUAACCGUAGUCCUCCCAUUGACGAGGCUCGGGGAGGGCCUGCUCCCUCGUUUCCUUCUGCAUAGAAGGAACAAUGCGCGUGUACUUAUAUGCAAUAUGCAGUAGUAUUAAGACCUCGCGCGUGCAUGGGCACGCUUCCGUGUAUAUUCGUUUGAGAAAGGAUAACCGCUUCAUCGCGUUACGCGAUAUGCACACACAAAUCUCAUGGAUACCCAGACACGUAGAAUGCGCCGAUGCCAUGAAAGGUGUACAAAUAACCGCUAGAAUUGUUAGUGGCGUCACCAAUCCCGUACAUUUUGCGGGCGUCAUUGUGCUCUAUGUAACCCUAGCCUUCUCGCCAAGCUCUGUAAAUAUUGCCACGAUUCUCACGCAAGUUCCCCGCACACACCCGCUCCUAGUCCAGUGGCUCUCACCUUCAGCUUAACUUAUGGGGACUUCGCUACGCUUCUGACCAUGUUUAGCUGCUGCUGCUCUGUACUCGCAGUUCCCACUAACCGAGUGGGCCCUGGCCCCUGCAGUCGUGUCGACCCCGUGGGUGCCGCUUCUGUGCUCUCAUCGAUGUUGUCUUGUGGAGCUAUCGAUGGAAACAUUUGCUUUCCAAGAGGUUUGGAAAUCAUAAGCGCUUUACAUGUGCUUCGUGGAGAAAAUAAACCUCUGUACUCUG